AUGUCACUAUCAGCCCAAGGGUCAGCUCUAAGAUCGUUUGAUAUAGAGAAACGCCUGCUCGACUUGGUCAAAAGUGACGAUAUCGACGGGGUUGAAGCCAUCCUAAAGGAAAAAGUUCAUCCAUAUUUCAAAGAUGAGCUCGGUGUAACGCCUCUAGAAAUCUCGUCCAUGAGAGGGAACGUCAAGAUGUCCAAGCUACUCCUCGAAUAUGGAGGCGAUCAAAAUCCGAAAGAUAAAUCUGAUUCAACACCUCUCCCUGAUGCUGCCGGAGGAGGCCAUGUCGACAUAAAAGAACUGCUUCUGCGUUACUUGGCUGAGUCACAAGUCAAGGUGGUCGUUUUGCUACCCUAA